AUGGAUAAGAGGAAGGAAGACCUGAGAGGCAGGUAGAGCGGCUUGGUGGCUGAAGGACAGUGGAAGCAUUUGGCUUAGGGUGAAUAGAAAAGGGGAGAACCUGCCGGCAGCACUGAAGGGAGAAGGAAGAAGCAGCUUGAAAUGCUGGACUCUGGUGACUGGCAGGAGUAGUGAGGGAAGAUUCUGACGGCAGUGUAGCAAGACAAACCAGUACUUACACAGGUUAGAAAAAAGGAUUGGAAAAAGUCCUCCACUACAGUGUUGGUGGAGAUUAACUUGGGUGGAGAGAACAGAAGGGCAAUUUGGCAAAAGAUUUUUAUAGGGUAACUAACUGCUUCCUAAAAGCUGUCUUCACUUAACAUUAUAGUUGGAUAUAAGCUGUUGAUAUUUAAACUGACAGUAACAACAAAGUGUAUACUACAGUACUAUUUUGAAGUAACCAGCUAAGUUUGUGCACCUUAUAAUCUUGUAGGUCAUAAAGGUAAAGUACCUUUGUUAAAUGUAAUAUCUGUAUAUGACUAGCUUUGUAACAUGCCUAUCCCCCAACAUUACUGGGGUACUGGUAAGUUAAGGGUUCAGACAAAGUGAGCGAGCGAGACUGAAUGAGCAACAAUGGAAUGAGGGGUGGGUUUUGUUAUUAUAGAUUAAGUAAGGAAAUGCCCUGCCCUCCUUUCCUCCACAGGUGGCAAGAAGGAAAUGGGCCUUCUCCCCUGUUAUCAGAGAGGUAUUAACAACAGCAUGCUUCUGCCACAUCCAUUUAACCAAAGGUUUUCCCAGUAAUUAACGCUAGAUUCUACAAUCAUGUAUUUUUCUGAUAUUUGUAUUUUUCAGAAUAGUUUUAAUGUAUGCAGGAGCAACCAGUGCUGUGGUGCCAGUCACCCAGCAGCAACACUGCCAAGUGUGGCGGUAGGGGGGCAGUGUUUCAACCUUACCACUGUCUUGUCCCAUUCAGGUAAGUGACAGCAUCACCCCACCCAUUCCUGAACAUAUUUUACAUUGUGAACUGCUUUGAGAUUUUCUUAAUAAUAGUAAGCGAUAUAAAUGUACUUUAAAAUACAUUAAAAUAAAUAAAAUGUGUACCCUCUGCAGAGGGAAAAGCAGCUGUGGAGGGCAAUGUGGAGUGGAGAAGUGAUGAGUCUGAAAGGGGUUAGGCACUCCCUUAACCCCUACCACACCUCUGCUUUAAAAAGCGUACCCUUCAGAAGUAUUUUUUCCUCACUGAAACCAGGUCUAUCAGGUUCGCCACAUGCAUUUGUACAUAACACUCAAAUAUUUAUUUGAAUCAUGUUCAGAAUAUAUUACCAACUUCGUAUGGCUGUUGAUAAAAUGACCCCAAUUUUUAAAAAAUCAAGACACUGAAAACUGCAUAACCGAUGGCCAUUAUUGUUGCUGUUGCCUUUAUCAAUCCAUGCCUCAACCUAUGCUACUCAUAGCCCAUUCUACACCACAAAUUUGUAUCAGUUUUAUACAAACUUGACUAUGAUGGAUGGGAACCGUAGUCUGGGGAAGGGUACUUACAAUUCUAUGACAUCUCUAAACCUUCACUCAUAGAACUACAAUCCCCAGAGUUCCCUGAGGAAAGGAAAUGACUAGGACUGCUACACUACAGCUUAAGUCUGUAGUAUAAAUAUGCCCUGCUAGUGGCCAGCUGGGAUCUAGAAAAUUGAAGUUAUUUUGCAUUUGAACAUCAGGGCAUUAUAGGGUGUUGAUGACCAGCUGUAUGUAUCCUGUUAUGGAUCUCAGUCUUUGACUGUAGUGGUGAUGAUGACGAUGGUGAUGAUGAUAGAGGAGAAAUCCCCUCUAUCUCCGGGAGAAUCCCGCUGCUCCCCCCCCCCCCCCCGCUUGUCCUACCUAGGACCGUUUUCAGAGGCGGCGUUCCUUUCCCUUUAAUAGAUGCGUCGUCGAGGGAAUUCUGACAGGCGCAGCUUUUCCAAGCUGGGCAAGCGCCGUGACAUGACAAGAGGCAUCUGCUGCUUUCCCCACAACUAUUAAAGGUACAUGAGUCAUAACGCCCAGAGGUUUGGCCAUCCCUGCUGUAAGCCCAGCAGGGAAAGAGGCUGAUCUCGCCUUUCCCUCCAGGCGAUGUGAAUAUGACACUAAAGAUCUCGCUGCAGCAUCCGCCCACACGGCGCUUCUCAGACUUCCGAGCACGAUGCCCGCAGUGCAAAAGCAGCUCGGAUCUCGGAAUCCCGCUUUGCAGGGCUCCGACAGCCUCGCCAACAGUGCUUUAA